AUGGCUUUGGCUGCUCCUACUGUAGCUCCAUUCAAAUGGAAUGUUGACGCUGCAAGAGAAUUAAUUCGAUUAAGAUGCAAUAAUCAUGAUGAUUUUGAGUUUGUUCCAAAUAAUCGUAUUAAAAGAAUAUGGAAAACCAUAUCCAAUCGAUUGUAUAUUACUAGAGGAUUCACCGCUUCUCUCUCUCAAUGUCGAAGAAAAUGGUACUCAUUAAAAUAUGG